AUGCGCUCCAGCUUUGUCCUCGCGGCCUUGGUGGGCCUGGCGGCUGCCUCUCCGGCACCGGCGCCUCACUGCCUCGUCACCGGCGACUGUGGCAACGAGCUCGAGUCGAGGCAGAUCAGCGUCGUUAUCAACAACAUCAUUGACACCAUCAACUGCAGGAUCUUUAAGAUCUGCAAGCCCACCACGACCACCACGACUUCGAGGCCUGCUGCUGCCACGACCACGUCCACCAGACCCGUGGUCCCUGCCGUCACCACGACCACAUCCCCUAUCGGUGUCCGCACCACCACUUCUACUUCGGUCCCUGCGACCGUCGUCACCACCACGGCCGCUGCCACCGCCACCAGCACCGCCACCACCACCUCGACCGGCACCGCUGGCACUGCUCUGCCCAGCGCCUCUAGCUGUGACAGCACCGUUCUCAUUCUGGCCCGUGACGAUACCGGCAUCGCCGCCGGCAGCGCCGGCCUCAAGGGCUAUGGUAUCCCCUUCCAGGGCCUGGCCAUUCCCCAGGCCGGUGCUCCUCUGCCCGAGCUGUUCUCCGGCUCCAAGGGCAACUUUGGUGCCAUCAUCAUUGUCGAUGCCAUUGCGUACGAGUACACGGACGGAUGGCGCUCUGCUGUGACCACCGAGCAGUGGGAUGCUAUCCACAAGUACCAGCUCGCCUUUGGCGUCCGUAUGGUCCGCAUCAACGAGUACCCCGGUCCCCUCUUCGGCGCCGCAGCCGGCGAGGGCUGCUGUGGCGCCGGCGUCGAGCAGCUCAUCAGCUUCACGGACGUCUCCGAUUUCCCCACUGCCAACCUCAAGGUCAACGCCGGCGUCAGCAGCCAGGGUUUGUACCAUUACCCCGCCACCAUCACCGACAGUAAGACCACCAAGCAGGUUGCCAAGUUUGCUGGCGGUCCUGGCGUCGUUGAGGGCGCUGCUGCCGUCAUCAACAACUUUGAUGGCCGUGAGCAAUUCGUCUGGUUCACCAGCUGGGCUCCCGAGUGGUCUGCGACGUCCAACUACCUUCAGCACUCUCACAUUCACUGGAUGACGCGUGGCCUGUUCCUCGGCAAGCGCAAGGUUCAUCUCUCUGCGCAGGUCGAUGACUUGCAGCUCGAGACCGAUCUCUACUACCCUGCCGGUACUGUCUUCAAGAUCCGCACAGGAGACCUGGAUGCCCACAUCACCUGGCAGCGUGAUAUCAACAGCCGUCUGGCUGCCGGUUCUGAGUUCUGGCUCGAGCUUGCGCACAACGGCAACGGCGAUAUCAUCUCGGCCACUGCGGAUAACAGGCCCCAGGACGGCGUUUGCAACCCCAACUACGCCGUUGACUACCCCGAGCAGAUUGACACUCCUCUGGAAUUCCAGAAGCCCUUGGGCACUGGUCAGGAUAUCUGGGGCACCGAAUUCACCAAGUACGGAUGGUCCAAGACCUGCGCUCAGCGUGACGAGUUUGCCAGCUGGUUCCUCGACACGUCUAAGCUCAACGCCUUCGCCCACCUGUCCCAUACCUUCACCCACAUGGGCCUCAACAACGCUACCUAUAAGGAUACUGAGCGCGAGAUUCAGUUCAACCAGGCUUGGAUGACACAGAUGGGCAUCGACAAGGCGACCAAGUUCUCGCCCAACGGCCUGGUUCCUCCCGCGAUUACGGGUAUGCACAACGGUGAUGCCAUUCGCGCCUGGAUGACCAACGGUAUCACCAAUGUUGUCGGAGACAACACCCGCCCUCCUCUCCGUGCCAAGAACGAGUACUGGCCUCUCAUUUCCAACGUGGCCGAUAAUGGCUACGAUGGUCUCCUUAUCAUCCCGCGGUACGCGACGACCAUCUACUUUAACUGUGAUACGGCUGAGUGCACGACCCGCGAGUGGAUUGAGACGUCGGCUGGCAAGGGCGACUUUAACAGCCUGCUCGAUAACGCACGCGCUGAGAACACCCGUCACCUUCUCGGCCUGCACGCCGACCCUUACAUGUUCCACCAGGCCAAUAUGCGCCAGGUUGACAUGCCGUCCAUCACGGUCGGCUCGCAGACGGGCAAACUGUCGCUGAUUAUGUCCUGGGUCGAGACGAUCACACAGGAGAUGGGCCGUCUGACCAACUGGCCCAUCACGUCGCUGAAGCACGACGACAUCGGCAAGAGCUUCUCCGACAGGAUGGCCCUCGAUCAGUGCGAGCCGAAGCUCUCGUACAGCUACAGCAACGGCACGACCAUCUCGUCCGUCACCGUCUCGGCCAAGGGCAACUCGUGCAGCGUGCCCGUGCCCGUCACCAUCCCUGCUGGCACCGUCACGAGCUCCGGCGCCGUCAAGGCCGACAAGGUCGGCAGCGAGCCGCCCAUCCAGUGGGUCACUCUCAACGGAUCGCCCGUCACCCUGAACCUGGGCCAGACUGUUGGCGGUGCUUAA